UUUCCGUUCGCCUUAGGACCACACGUCGCGCUAUCACACACAAUAUUACACACGUGCGACCCGAUUUUUACGUUCCAUAUAAGUGAUUGUGAUAUCGGGAAUUUGUGUACUAAUAUACGAUUGUCCGCAAAGUGCAGUGUCGGAUAUGAUCUGUGACAUCUCGGUUAAACGAAGGUGACAAUAGUGUUAAUGUCAAAUAGUGUUGGAUGAUGAUAGAUCGGCGAACGAAGAACACCAGUCGACGGAAAUUUGGUGAUUGGACCAAAAUGGCGACCAAGGUCGCUACACAGAUAUCACAGAAGACCUUCAUCUGGCUUUUAUUGGCUUUAAUAAGUACAAGAGCAAAAGCCGGUGAACUAUGGCCUAUGGAGCGACCGGAAGGAAUGCCGGUCAUACAAUCUCUUGAAGUGAUGUGCGGCAAAGACCAUAUGGAUGUUCACCUCACAUUCUCACACCCCUUCGAAGGAAUCGUCUCCUCUAAAGGUCAACACGGCGAUCCUCGUUGUGUGUACGUCCCGCCAUCAACCGGACAGACGUAUUUCUCGUUUCGAAUCGCAUACGCCAAGUGUGGUACAAAACCAGAUCUCCACGGGCAGUUCUAUGAGAACACGGUGGUAGUUCAGUACGACAAGGACUUGCUAGAAGUUUGGGAUGAAGCGAAGCGUCUCCGGUGUGAGUGGUUUAACGAUUACGAGAAAACAGCAUCAAAACCACCAAUGGUUAUCGCAGACUUGGACGUAGUUCAGUUAGAUUUCAGAGGUGACAACGUUGACUGCUGGAUGGAAAUCCAAGCGGGUAAAGGACCCUGGGCUGCCCCUGUCUCCGGAAUUGUACCUCUCGGGUCAACUCUGACAUUAGUUGUAGCCAUUAACGAUUAUCGAGGUGAAUUCGAUAUGCGUGUUAAAUCUUGUGCAGCGUCUGACGGUUCCGGCCAUGUUAUACAGCUGUCUGAUGAGUACGGUUGCGUUCUGCGCCCUAAAAUGAUUUCCAGAUUUCUCAAAGCGAAAGCCGUGGAUGAGCGAGCAACAGUGAUCACGUACGCAUUCUUUCACGCGUUCAAAUUCCCCGAUGCGCUGAGCGUUCACAUACGAUGCAAGGUGGAAAUAUGCAGGCAUGGUUGUCUAGAUCACUGUCAGCUGGCUGGCAUAGCGCCUCAGAGACAGGGGGCUUUAGAUAGAAAGGAUGAUAGAACGCAGCAGGGCCAUAAUGAUAUCGGUGACUCGCUAGAAGAAUCAGACCUCAGUCUGGCAGAGGAUCACCAACGACUGCCGCUGGAAGAGGCCUUUGGUGAUGAAGUAUCUGGAGACGCGGUGCCCUCCCCAGCACCUCAACGAGCGCCCGCACCUGUCGUCGAAGCGGACUCCGAUCAUAUGUCAGCUGUUGAAGAACUUGUAGAAGCACUCGCACGACCUUUCACCGAUCGCCCAUCUGAUCUCGGUGAACGAGAGCGUUUCCCUCACGGACCACGAAAUCUUGGCUCCAACGUCAAACUAGAACCGGGUGAUGGCGUGAUAUCCGCAAAACAUCCCGGACCAGCCGUAGCUGGUCCUAGGUCCUUGCGCAAACGAAGAACAGUGAGGGAAUCCAGAUCCGCGGAUGUUGGUGUAUCAGGAAUAUACGAUGUCGUCUCGGAGGCAGAUCUCGCCUUUGGACCUACCAGGGAACCCGUUACUGUAUUCAGUGGAAGAAUACGCGAAGAGGUUGUAUACGGAUUUGCAUGGGCGCUGUGAGCUUCGGCGCUUUAUUCGCUUCAGCGGCUGGAGCCGCUGCGGGCGCAGCGCUUGCAGCGGCUAUAUUGUUGCACAAACUCCGCUCGAGGACUCAAGCUCCAGUGACUCCCGCUAUCGCCUCUAACUCGCUCGCCGCCUGGAUGGCUUUAAGACUUCUCGGAUCACCACAUUCGCGUGAAGGGUGAUAAUUAUUACAUAUCUUAAUUAUCUGUGCCAACACCAAAAAGUAUAAACGACUCUUACAGUUCUUAUAUACAAAGCACAGAUUAUCUUACAUCUGGUAUGUUUUAUUAUGACACCAAAAAAGUAUUGUCAUUAUUAUUGACAGUGAAUCUUUGAUAUAUAAAGCACAGAUUUUAAUAAAUAUAAUCGUAUAUUUUUUUCAUUAAUCAGUUUGAGACCAAAAAGUGUAAAUGAUUUGGAGACAAGUGCAGAUUAAAUAAUUUUCGUUAAAUUAAAAUUAAUUUUCGUCUCCUACCCGGUUUAUAAUAAAUUGUGUCCAGCACAAAAAUGUCCUUGAGAUAUUUAAAAAAUAUUACUAUAAAUAUACGAUAUAUGAAUCACUGUUAAUUUAAUAUUAAGUUUUAGUUUCAAAAACAUUAUUGCUCUUGCAAGACUUCUAUUAUCUGGACACUAUCCCCAUUAACGCAAUAACUUUGAACCCAAAUACAUAGUUAUAGUAAAAAAAUGAAUGGUACUAAUGAAACGAUGGUGCUAAGUCAGGUUGUUUUGAUUUGAUCGCAGUCGCUGUUGUGAACUCACACGUAGGAUAAGUUUGUACAGACUUUAAUAAUUUAUAAUCAUUACAUAUAAAUAAUAUUUCUUUGUUUAGAUGUUAAGUGUAAACGUCGAGUCAUGCCAUUAGAAUAAGUUUAGAUAAAAUACGCUCUUGUAUGAGGCAAGGUAAACUUUUACGACUAACAUUUCUUGUUAAAUUUUUAUAACAUUUAACAAAAAUUAUUGCCAAAUUAUAUUAAAAAAUUCAUUAUAAGUGUAUCCGUUUAUGUAUAAGUAGUUAUAAAAAGUUCGAUAGCAGAUUAGAACAAAAGGAAAAUGAUUUUUUUAAAACCGCUUUUACGAUUACCUGUGGUGCUGCAACAAAAUACUGAUUGCGCGUCUUAAAGGAAUCCUUGUAUUGUCAAAACAUAAACAUUUUCUUAUUACUUCGUGAGCGUUCGUGAGCGUUCGUAAGCGUUCGUAAGCGUUCUUCAGGUAAACAUUAUUUGAUUUUGAACUAUGUAUAAUGUAGUCUUUUAAUUUAUGUCUUUGUAUAUUUAUACAUAGAAUUAGUUAAGUUAUUUUUUAGCUAUUGUUACUGUGGAAUACGAACCAUCAAUUACAGCUAUGACAACAAUAAAAAUAUUCAAAUAUUUUAAAAUCGCAUUUAUCUGCAUUUAUAACUAAUUUACUUAUAGAUAUAUUGCUCAAUAAUUAUUUUAUAUAUAAAAUUAUAUAUAUAUUUUUAUAUUAUCUUAGUUAUAAUUAGUAUAAUUUUAGUAUUAAUUUUAUUCUAGAUUCUUGUAGGGAUUGAAAGAUCGCGUGUAUUCUUGAUCAAACUAUGUCUUCAUUUGGGACUAUGCAAAUUCGUUUACAAAUCUUUUUUCGCAUAACCCACAUAAGGGAUUCUUGGUUAAUAUUCUGUAACUACAUUGAGAUCUUUCAAUCGAUAUUAUAAAUGGUAUGAUAUCUACGUUAUCAUAUCAUGCCACCCAAAAAUCUUGCAUUUAUUUUUACUAUUACAUAAUAAGGCAACACAAUAUUCCUGUGAAUAUUUUUGUUCUAAGUGCAAUUUUUAAGUACAUAUUCGUUAGUCUAUCCAGAUUUAAGUACGUUUUAUUCGAUAUGGUUAUGGUUUAGCGUUUAUAUAUUUCAUAUGAAGAUUAUUUAUUGUAAACUCAAUAUAUUUAAACAGUAUGAAUGUGUAUGUAUGUUUUAUCGGCGCAUUUGUUUAUUUUUAACCUAAU